CCGAGGUAGCGCCGGCGGGAAGGAGCGCGAGUUGCCGGGGCUGUGGCUGACACCAUGGGCACCGGGCGGGGGGGCGAGGCGGCCGGGCUCCCUGCGCUCCUCGGCUGAGCCCGGGGAUGUGCCGGCGCCCGGAGGAAUUAUUUUGGAACUAGCACGGAGCUGUGGGAGGAGGACGAGCGGCACAGCGCUUCACGGCUGCGAGGAGGUCGUCCGGCGGUGCUGUAUAGGCAAACAAAUAUCACUUGCUGUGUCAUAGCACAUGGAUUUCAGGACCGCCUGUGAAGAGACAAAGACAGGGGUUUGUUUGCUGCAGGAUGGUAAUCAGGAGCCUUUCAAAGUGCGACUGCACUUAGCCAAAGAUAUUUUGAUGAUCCAGGAGCAGGAUGUGAUCUGUGUGUCUGGUGAGCCUUUCUAUUCUGGUGAAAGAACAGUAACAAUUAGAAGACAGACCGUAGGAGGAUUUGGGUUAAGUAUAAAGGGUGGAGCAGAACAUAAUAUUCCAGUGGUCAUUUCUAAGAUUUCCAAAGAACAAAGAGCGGAACUUUCAGGUUUGCUCUUUAUAGGAGAUGCAAUUCUACAGAUUAAUGGAAUUAAUGUGAGAAAAUGCAGGCAUGAAGAAGUGGUACAGGUCCUUCGCAACGCAGGGGAAGAGGUGACCCUAACUGUGUCCUUUCUGAAAAGAGCACCUGCUUUUCUCAAACUGCCACUGAAUGAAGACUGUGCAUGUGCCCCCAGUGACCAAAGCAGUGGCACAUCCUCUCCCCUCUGUGACAGUGGUUUGCAUCUCAACUACCACCCCAACAACACGGAUACAUUAUCGUGUUCCUCAUGGCCAGCAUCCCCAGGACUUAGGUGGGAGAAAAGGUGGUGUGAUCUUCGAUUAAUUCCACUUCUUCAUUCACGAUUUUCCCAGUACCUUCCAGGAUCAGAUUUGUGCAGGCAAAAUGCGUUCCAAGUAAUUGCUGUGGAUGGGGUUUGCAGUGGAAUAAUUCAGUGUCUCUCUGCUGAAGACUGUAUUGACUGGCUACAAGCAAUAGCAAGUAACAUUUCCAACCUCACAAAGCACAAUAUUAAAAAAAUCAACAGGAAUUUUCCCGUAAACCAGCAGAUAGUCUACAUGGGCUGGACGGAAGAACGGGAACAAGACUCCCUUCAGGACCGAAUGUACACACCAAAGUUUCUAGCACUGAGGGGAUCUUCCCUGUAUAAAUUUAUAGCACCUCCUGUCACAACCUGGGAUUGGACACGAGCUGAGAAAACAUUUUCAGUUUAUGAGAUAAUGUGCAAAAUUCUCAAGGACAGUGAUCUACUGGACCGUCGGAAACAUUGCUUCAGUGUCCAGUCUGAAUCUGGAGAAGAUCUUUACUUUUCUGUGGAACUAGAGUCUGACCUAACACUAUGGGAAAAAGCCUUCCAAACAGCAACUUUUUUAGAAGUUGAACGGAUACAGUGCAAGACGUAUGCCUGUGUUUUAGAGAGUCAUCUUAUGGGACUUACCAUCGACUUCAGCAUGGGCUUUGUCUGUUUUGAUGCUGCCACAAAGGCUGUGCUUUGGAGGUACAAGUUUUCUCAGCUCAAAGGUUCUUCAGAUGAUGGGAAGAGCAAAAUCAAAUUUUUGUUCCAAAACCAAGAUACUAAACAAAUCGAAGCAAAGGAGCUGGAGUUUUCUAACCUGUUUGCAGUCCUUCACUGUAUUCACUCGUUCUUUGCAGCCAAAGUGGCUUGUUUGGACCCUUUGUAUGUAGGCAGCCAAGCCACAGCUUCUGCUGCUCCCACAACUUCUGGUACUAGCAAAUUAAAGUAUACUACUUGACAUCCCCCAUGACAGCACUGCCACUUAACAAGACAUAAAAAUGUAUAAAUAUUCAUAAGAUUUAGACCUUUGGUGAACCAUGUAUGUGGAAACCAAUCCUGGAGGCAAGACAUCUUGCAGCAUCAGCAGAUAAAUGGUCACGUGGGAUCCUAAUUUCAUCUCGGUUCUGCAAGACAUCAGAAAAUAAUCCUAGUCUAAACCCCAGAAUAGGAUGGAUAUGCUUUUAGUAUUAUCUAUUUGUACUUACAUAGUGCUUUAAGCAACAUUGGAAGCAAAGGAAUAAAUGGCGAAAUAAAGCACUUGAGUAUUUAAUAAAAUUUUCAAAUUGCUGUAAUAAUACACAAAUAGAAUUGUCAUUUUCCUCUUUUCAGAUGUUUUUAUGACAAUAUACUAAACUCUGAGUAUGAACAUAAUGCCCUAUCAUUAUAUUAUAAAUGAGAGCAAGCAUAUAGUACAUGGUGACAAAGGAGAUAAGCAUGAAAAGACAUUUGUGCAAGUACCUCCUCAAAUAAGAAAGCACUUUAAGCACUGUUGUAAAUCCAUAUUUGUGUUCGUACAUGGAGUCAUGCUGCUUUUUCCAUUUCUUUCUCUUCACCUAACAGUGACAACAGCAAACAUACAGCCAUACUGGUCUGAUACCUUAAAAACCAAACCAAACAAAACAAGCAACAAAAAGAAAAAACACUUUUUCAUGGAUAAGUCACUCUUCUUCAAGUAAAAAUAAUGGCAUAUGAAUUUAAUUUUGAUUUUAAAUUAAGUGCAAGUACAAAAAAUAGUGUGUCAUCUAUUUAUUCCCUCUUUUUUUAUUAUUUUUUUUUGUUAAGAAUUAAAUACUGUGAAUCUAAUAGUCUGUCCACACGAUUUUGAAAUUGUUUCAGACAACCCACCUAACACAUUGUUUCCAUGGUUAACCGUGAUUUCACAUCGUAGGUAGAACUUGUGUUUCAUUUAAACUCUCAACAAAUUAAAACUUUACAUUAUGCUUGAAAAAUUAUUUUACCCUUUGACUUCUUAAUAAAUUAUAUAUAUAUAUAGAUAGUAAAAGACAGGAAUAACUUGAAUAAGCUCUGAAGAGCACAUUACAGAAUGCAUAAUUUCUUUGUUUUUUAAGACCAUUACAUCGCUCUGGAUCACGUACUAGUUUCAGAGUAUCAUUUAAUGAUGAAAUAUAAAGGACUUUUAAAUUUAAAAUUGAUAACUUUGUUUAAUUGCAAUUUUGCAAUAUAAUUUAAUUUUGCGCUUAGACAUACACCAGUGAAGAUGAUGGAAAAAAGGUAUACAUUUUCAGUAGUAGAUUUUGGGAUUUCUAUUUAUUGUAUUGAAAUCAAAACUACCUUUUUUUUUCCCAUCCACUUAGAGUUGUUAGUAGAAUUUAGGAGACAGGGCCACCAUCUUCCUUGUUUAGCAGAAAGACUAAUUCUAUCACAUCCUUUUCUAUGAGUUAAGAUGACUAAUACAUCAAAAGUGAAGCCAGAGGAGAGCUCAUCCAAACGGGAACAAUUCAAAAUGCAAGGCAGGGACAAAAGAUGACUGAAAUGUAGGAGCAAAUCAUGUCUCUCUUUUUUUUUUUUUCUUUGCAUUAGAAAUAUUUGGAUUUACAUGUGUGAGAGUAACAUUGUUUUCAAGCAGAGCUGACAUUAUUUUAUACUAGUUCCACAUAAUAUGAAAAUAUUUGGGGGAGGGGAACUUUUUUAUCACUUUCAAAUGUCUUCUGGUACACACAUACUUCCUAAUAGUACACCUCCAAGGGCUACACAUUUAUUUUCCAUCCUAAAAUCAGUGGAAUGAUGUACCAAUCCAGCAAUUAAAUAGUCUAAGUGGCAUCAAAAUCCAGCAUUUUCAUAGGCAUCAUCAUGAACUUUUUUAUAAGAAUUGUCCCUAAAUAAGGGAGUCACAUCUGAACCACAGAUAAAACUACCAUGGCUGUCCAUAGGAUCUCGAGCUUGGGACACAAACACCAGAUAUUUUGAAUCUAAAGCUAUAACAGUUUAAGAGGUUUAACAAUGGUAACUCAGGCACUGCCCUUGUCUAGAAAGCAUAUACUGGAAACACAAAUUUUGUCAGAGCGUUGACAGCGCUGAAAAGAGAAGGCUGGUAUCUUUGAAUGACAGUUCUCAGUGCUCCCAAAUAAUCUCCUCCAUUUCAGUGCAUUGCUGUGGCACUCAGCUGUCACAAAAGUGUGGCCAUGUGCUACCACCUCUGCUGGAAACAGGAGAAUCUCAAACAGGUCAGCUGCUGGUUGGAUGUUUUUCCUUCAACUGUUCAUGAGAUGUGCAGUUGCAUCACUGAAUCUGAGGGGUGCUUAAGAGACAUAUGUGGCAUAACAUUUACCCAGACCAGCACAAAGUAUGUCAUUGCAAAUUUCUGUAGGUGAAGGAAUUCCAUUACAUGAAAGCCCCCCCACACACAAAGAAUUUAAACAAAAAUUCACAUUGUGCAGAAUGGAAUGAAUGACAUGAAAUUUUGGGACUCUGCCUGGGUAUUUGGAAGAUCUCUGUCAAUAAUUCUGUUUGUAGAACAUCUACAUUCAUCACUGAGGCUUUUGAAACUGCUCAUUAAAUACAGAACAUUUGAGAAACACAUUAGCCUGUAAAUUGUUUUGGGGUUUUUUUAUUGUUGUUUUUCUAAGGAGGUUAACUGGUGGGGCUUCAUCAAUACUUUUGUUUUCAAGACAAAAAGUGUUAUUGAAAGAAUAUAAGAUGUCAUAGCUUUGACUGCAGGUCAGUGUUGAUUUGUAAAUACAGCAGGCGUUUGUGCAGUGACCUCACAGAAUAUUGAGAGGUGACUCUGCAUCCAACCUUGCCCUUGUAGAACAACUUGUUCUGAAAUUCAGUCUUGAACCAAAGAGGCAAAAUUUUAAAUUCUGCGUUAUAACAAGUCUUAAAAUACCAAGAUAAAAUUUACAAACAUAUUAAAUGGCUACAUUUUGCUUUUAAAUACCUACAUUUAAAGCAUAGUGAACUCCAUACACAUAUGUCAAAACUCAGCCUUCAUGUUGCAGCCUGUCAUUUCACACAUAACAAAUAAUGAAUACAAGUGCUUUUUAAGUCAACACAGCCCAUCAACAAUGAAAAAACAGAACUGUAAUGAGCCAUCAGCUUUUGCUAAAAAUCUGUAUGCAAGUGAAGGCAAAUAUUUUAACAGGAGUAAACAAACCAGUCCAUAGAAUAAUAUGUAAUUUGUUCUCUUUAUGUCAUGAUAUUUUCAAGUACGUUUAAUAAAGAAAAUUCUUUAUAGUACUGUGCCUAUUGAAGUGAUGUUAUAUAGUAUACCAAAAAUUACUCUUAAGUAAAACUAAAUAUAUUUGGGUUGAUUUGGUUUGCUUUUUGAUGGGAAUUUUGGAUUAUGUGAUCUUCACAGAGCUAAUCAUAUGCUAGGUUAUAGUGUUAGCAUAGUUUUAUUAUGGAAGUGUUACCAAUAUGAAUACAUUUAUUCUUGAUUUCAUCAGUAAAUGAGUAUGUUUCAUUUUAUACAUAUUUUUAAAAAAAUCAUAGAUUUUCAAAAGAGCUUUGCAUUCCAGUAGCACAAAGGCACCUUAGAAAUAAAAAUCAGAGUAUUUUUUGGUUGUUGGCCAUUUUAUUAUAUUAAUUAAGUGCAUCAAGAACUUUGUGGAGAAAAGCUAGUUGUAAGUAGGUUAUUUUUUUAAACCAGUCAUUUAUAGUUUUGUCUAUUCAAACAAUAAUUCUUAAGAAUGCAAACAAAUAAUAUACAAUAUCAAUAUGCUUUGAGAAAAGAAUCAUGAAACAUCUUGUUCUCUAAAUUAGUUCUUGAUUCCAAAAAAUUAUAUUUAUUUUAAAUGCAAAGACUUACCAGAACACCUCAAAGUGCAUGGUUAAACAUGUGUGGUUGUCAACACUGCAGCCUGUUACUUCAAAUAUGAUUUGGUUUAUUCAAUGCCUUAAGUUUCUUGUAUCAGACAAAAUGUUAAAAAAGGCUUGAGGUCUUGAGAAUGUACAACUGUUGCCCAAAGAAAUUCAGAUCACCUUUCAUUCUUUCUUGGCAAUUCCAAGAAAGCUUUUGGAAAUUUUAUUAACAUCGAAAGCACUUGCAUUUCACUUUCUAUUUCUUUAUGCGGUGCUUUGGUCUCUGAAAAAAAUCUAAUGUCUGAAAAAAGUUAAAGCUGAUUUUUAAAAGUUGUGUCUCAGGCAAUUAUUAGUCUGAGCUUAAGACUCACAUCUCUGAUUGGUUCAGUGUGAUGGAAACAUGAAAGACUCAUUCAAGUUCCCAAAAUUUAAGUACCUGUCUCAGAUGCCUGAGGUUGCACUUCAGGCACUUCAAAAGGGAAACACAAGGUGGGAAUAUAGUUUAAGAUCUCUGAAGGUGCAUAUGUAUGUCUCUCUUUGUUUCUCUAAGGAACUAGAGAUGCUUCUAUUUUAGUGUUUUUAUUUUAUCAGGAAUGUGGUUUUUAAGCCAGGCUCCUGCCUACAGCCACCCAUGCAAUUCUUCUUAUGAGAGAGCAAUCUUCAAGCACAUGACCUGUUUCUUUCAGGAUUUCACUAAGUGAGCAUCCCAGUUCCUGGUGCUGAUGGGCUUUCAGACCAUGCAGCCCAGCUGAAAUGAAUCCAGAGGGAAGGACCCUCUGAGAUGCUAUCAGCAGGACUGCCAGGUCCUGGUGCCAGCCAUUUCUGUGGCUGUGGCAGCUACUGCUCAUGCACCAUGGAAUAAAAGUUAAAAAGCUGAGCUUCACAGUGUAACCCUCUGGAGCUUAGUGCCUGAAGGGGGAUGCUGUGCUGCUGCAAGGGGUGGAAUGAAGCUGAAAUGCUGAUGCUGCCCAGGCAGGUUAUUCUGCAUCACUUUUUCCCUCACCACACCAGGACAGUAUUGGCUGCAAGCAGGCUACUGCAUGCUGGUUAGCCCUCUUCCUUGCUUCAUCUUUCUCCCCAUCUACCACAAACACACACCUGAAUAUUGGCUCUGGGGUCCCCAAGCACACUUCCAUGUUCCCUCAAUCCUGUUGCUCAGACAGAUGCAAAACUGUACUUAGCUACAUAAUGGAGCCUCUAAACCUUGUACAUGGCCAGGGGACAGUGUUAAGGAUUCUGGCAAGAGCAUAAGAGUGUUUGAGUGUGUGAUUAACUUUCAGGUUAUAGCAAAUAAAGUCAUAUCUGUGCUUAAGUGCUUUCCUGACUUGGAGGGCUGUUAAGUGGAAUUAUUUUAUUUUUCUGGAGUAAGUUCUAUAGUGUCAACACAUUUCUAUUUGCUUGGCUCAAUUUUCAGGAAGUUUAGCAGAGACAGUGGUUCAUAUCCUCUUGGAAUCAUAAAGAAAAAAACAUUGGAAUACUAGAAUAAUAAGAAAUUUCUUUUCAGAUUCUGUAUAUUAUUACAGUACAUUGCAUAAUCUAUUGAAAUAUAUUGAACAAUGUAAAACAAAUGCUUUCAUUUACAUUUCCUUGUCAGUUUUUUCCAUGCUGUGGUAAACAUGCCUUCCACUUUCACCAACUUUUUCCACAGGAAUCCCAACUAUCUGUUACAGAAAUUAUUUUGCUAUUCAGUAUAUACUAAUAUAUAAUGCUGUGUGUAUAUAUGUGUGUGUGGGGGGGUGUGUGUGUGCGUGUGUCUAUAUAUUAGUAUAUACUAAUGGAAUAUAUUCAGUAUAUAUUAAUGAAAGUUACAUAUUAGGCACAACUGUAAAACAGAAACAUACAUCCAUGAAGCUUUAUAUUUAAAAACUUACAAUACUAUAAAGAAACAUAUGUAUAUUAGUUGAAGAAAUGGCUAUUUUUGCAGGGUAUGCACAAUCUGGAUAUAUGAUAAUAAAUUGAUAAACAUUAACAGAUUUAUUAUUUCAUACCUCCAGGAACUUAGGGGUUUUUUUAAUUAUUCUUAUCCCUUUAGCAUAUUUGCAAUCUAUGUCAUAAAUUUUACUUUGUUAUGGAUUAAAAUGACUGAAAAAAUGUAAUAGAAAGUGCUAUAUAUUUUAUAAAUAUUAAAAAGAUUAAGAAAAGCUAUUAAAAUUAUUUAUUUCAUUUUUAGUUAAGGUUUUGUGAUUGUUUGUAAUAUGUAUUUGUGACAAGCAUAAGUCACCUAGUUGUUUAAGCUCAUUAAUGUACCACUAAUAAAAUGCUAUCUUCUGUUUUGUUUUC